UAUUCGCUUUAGAAUCAAAACACGUUUGUAAUGGAUGAGCAAAAGAUUUCGGUGAACUUGAGAAACGAAGAGUUAAACGAAGAAACAAAGACUCUCAUCUCUUCACUUCCUUCAGACAAAGACUCCAGUGGAAAAGAUGUUUGUAAGUACCAAGGAUGUUGGUAUACUCACCAUGCUCUACAAGCUGUCCUCAGUUUCCAAAAAAACUUCAAGCCUCAAGACAGCGAUGUCAUCGUUGCUUCGUUCCCUAAAUGUGGUACAACUUGGCUCAAAGCACUUACAUUCGCACUCCUUCAUAGAUCAAAAUACUCUUCUCUUCAUGAUCAUCAUCAUCCUCUUCUUUAUAAUAACCCGCAUGUUCUUGUACCCUAUCUUGAGAUGAAUCUCUAUUACUAUAGCGAAGAACCGGACCUAACCAAGUUCUCGUCAUCUCCGAGGCUGUUUGCGACACACAUGCCAUCACAUACCCUGCAAGAAGGUCUCAAAGAUGCUACUUGUAAAAUUGUGUAUAUGUGCAGGAACGUGAAAGACACUUUGGUUUCAUAUUGGCACUUCUUUUGUAAGAAACAAAUGAACGAUGAAGUAAUAAGUAGUUUCGAGGAUACGUUUGAGUCUUUUUGUAGGGGAGUCAGCCUUUUUGGACCUUUUUGGGAUCAAGUCUUAAGCUACUGGAGAGGAAGCUUAGAAGAUCCCAAUCAUGUGCUUUUUAUGAAGUAUGAGGAGAUGAAAGCAGAACCUCGUGAGCAGAUCAAGAGACUUGCUGAGUUCUUAUAUAUCUGAUUAAUUUGACUUCUAUAGUUUUGAGUAGUAUAUGUUAAUUGUAUAUUGAUAUCAUAUAUUUUUAGGAAUCUUAGAAUCAAAUAGCUUUAGAAUCAACGAUCUUAAAAAUAAAAGAACAAAAAAAAUUUCCAUAACAUUUUCCACUUUCACAUUGAUAACUCUCUAAUUU